GGUAGCAGUCGGUGCGUGUGUGUUUGUUCGUGUGCGCGCUGCUGCGUCGUGGUAGUGGGAAGGGGCGAGAGAGAGAGGAGGAGGAGGGGGCGCUAUAAAUAAGGCUCAGAUCUGGGAGGCUUCUUCCUCGUCCGCCUCCAGUCUAAUCCGAUUCAAACCCGCCGCUUCCUCGUCUCCGAGCUAUCCGCCCCCCCGAAUCCCCCGAGCGACAGGGUGCUCGGCGCGAUGGCGCAGAAGGAGUCCAAUGGCAGCAACAGCAACGGCGAGCACACCACCCGCCCGCCGCCGACGCCCUCGCCGCUCCGGUUCUCCAAGUUCUUCCAGGCGAACCUGAGGAUCCUCGUCACCGGCGGAGCUGGCUUCAUCGGCUCGCACCUCGUCGACAAGCUCAUGGAGAACGAGAAGCACGAGGUCAUUGUCGCUGACAACUUCUUCACUGGUUCAAAAGACAACCUGAAGAAGUGGAUUGGGCACCCAAGAUUUGAGCUUAUCCGUCAUGAUGUCACCCAGCCCCUGCUUGUGGAGGUUGACCAAAUCUAUCACCUUGCUUGCCCUGCUUCACCAAUCUUCUACAAGCACAACCCAGUCAAAACCAUCAAGACAAAUGUUAUUGGAACCCUGAACAUGCUUGGGCUUGCCAAGAGAGUUGGAGCUAGGAUUUUGUUGACUUCGACCUCUGAAGUUUAUGGUGAUCCGCUUGAGCACCCUCAAACAGAGGCCUACUGGGGAAAUGUUAACCCAAUUGGAGUUAGGAGCUGCUAUGACGAGGGUAAGCGUGUCGCAGAAACACUGAUGUUUGACUACCACAGGCAGCAUGGCAUUGAGAUCCGAAUUGCCAGAAUUUUCAACACCUAUGGACCUAGGAUGAACAUUGAUGAUGGGCGUGUUGUUAGUAACUUCAUUGCUCAGGCCGUACGUGGCGAGCCCCUGACUGUUCAGAAGCCAGGAACACAAACUAGGAGCUUCUGCUAUGUCGCCGACAUGGUUAAUGGUCUUAUUAAGCUGAUGAACGGGGACAACACUGGGCCAAUUAAUUUGGGAAACCCAGGUGAAUUUACCAUGCUGGAACUUGCUGAGAAUGUGAAGGAGUUGAUCAACCCAGAGGUUACUGUUACAAUGACUGAGAACACUCCUGAUGAUCCUCGCCAGAGGAAGCCAGACAUUACAAAGGCAAAGGAAGUUUUGGGGUGGGAGCCCAAGAUCGUUCUGCGUGAUGGCUUGGUGCUCAUGGAAGACGACUUCCGGGAGCGCCUCCAAGUGCCCAAGAAGAACAAGGCCUAAGCUGCUUCAUCGCAUUCAGCGAAAUAUGUGACGAGAGCACACUUAAUAGUUGGGUUUCAUCAUUAUUUGUGUCGCAGUUCAUUGUGGAAUUUGGGUUCCAAUAAAUUCUGAUACGCCUUUGUUGUUCACCAAAAAUAUUGUGUUAUUAGAAUCGUCAUACGGGGCUGGGCUAUUUGUAUCACUACUCUUUCGGAGAACUUGUUAUACUUUUGUUUGUAGCCUAUGUACUCCCUAAAUCAAAUUAUAGCAAUGUUGAUGAAAUUUUAAGAUUGUUUUACU